UCAAAUCGUGAUUGGACAAAUACAAGAAGAAUGUCAACAGAGGAAUAUCUUCUCAGCCUCCAGAGGGAACACAACUAUAACCAGAGGGAACAACCCAGUUUACUGUUUACAAAUAAUGAAAAGAACUUCACUUGCAAAAUAGAAUAUAGCGAUGACGAAACUUUGGAUAUCAAGGAAGAAAUUAUCGAUGAUCAAGACACUAGAGAUCCAAAUCAUGGUAAAAAAUAUGAGUCAGUAUUUUUUACCGUAGACGUAAAAGGAACCGAUGGAAUAUUGGAAAUUAAGGAAGAAAUAAUAGAAGCUGAAGAGAUUACAGGUCAAAAACAUAAUAAAAAAUAUGAGUCAAAAUUGGAUGCUGUAGAUGGAAAAGAAACUUAUAAUUUUGCUGUGAACAAGGAAUUGCCGCCCCAUAAUAGUCGGAAAAUUAAGGAAUCAAAACAUAAGCCAGAAAAGAAGUACAAGUGUGAAAAGUGUGCGCGAAGAUAUAUACGGAAUACAGAAUUAACUCGACAUUUAAAAUACGAAUGUGAUGGUAGGGCAAAGUUUGCAUGUAAAUUCUGCCCCAAAAGAUAUAAACAAAAAAGUUCUCUGACUAUACAUAUAGAUCGUUCGCAUCAGAAUACAAACUCAAAGCCGUUAAUAUUAAAUUAUAAAUGCGAGCAAUGUCCUCGAAGUUAUGGCUGGUUAGUUUCUUUAAAUCGACAUAAACGUCUAGAGCAUGCGGCAAUUAAACCACAAUUUAUUUGCGAGUAUUGUGGCCACAAAACUAAUCGGAAAGAUCAGUUGUUAAAACAUAUCCAAUUUCAUCAGCUUAAAAAAAAAAGAGGAAUACACUGCUUAUGAGCGUAAAUCUAAAAAAAAAUCCUAUCGCAGUGCAAGCAUUUAAAGUUAUUGUAUGCUAAUAAGCUGUUACGAUACUGGGAAAUAACAGCUUUAAAAUGAGCCUGAGAACAUUAAAUAGUAUUUAUUAUUACGGAAGUUAUUAAAAAUUUAAGAACACAUUGAAGAAAAGGGGGGGGGGGUCUCAAAGUCCGGUUUUUGUCCCAAAUUAUAUUUGACCUAAAAAAUUUUCAAAAGAUUCCAAUAGUUUCUAUUGAAAAUAAGAAGAUAAGAAGUCAAUUUCACUCUCAACGAACCACUCCCACUCCCCCAUUCACCCCCACCACCCCUUAAAAUGUGAAAACUUUACCGCUUGAAACCGUCAACCUUGUAUUUGCUUAAUAAAAGUACACUAUGAACUGUCUAUCAACUAGCUUCACUCUUAUUCAUUUUUAGCCUUUUUACCCCCCCCCCCCCUAUUGAGGAGAUUGGUGGGGUGGUUUUAUGAAUUAUUUAUGUAUAAGGUACUUAAAUACAAAAUAUUUAAGUUUGAUCAGCAGACUUGACUAGGGUUUCCUGAGGUUUUAGUGACUGCUGAUUCCAAAUCCGAGGUCUUUCGACAUCCAUCAUAUCAGAGUCAAUGUCAUUUGAAGGUCAAAUCGUAAAAAAAGCCGAUAAAAAAAUUCUGAAAAAUACAUAUGUACGUUUCUGGGAACCCCGAAUCAAAAUUUUCGGUUUAUUUAACAGCUCAAUGUCAAGUAAAAUCAUAUCUUGAAAACUUUGAGAUGUAAAACUCAAGGGAUAAAAACAUCCCCUGACUUGGAUUGAUCGACCCCUAGACCUUGACUCUGAUGUGAUAAAAGUCAACGGACCUCUGUAUUGGAUACGGCGCUCCUAAAAACUUAUGGCUGUAUUUUUCUCAAUUUUUCAUCGGAUUGUUUACAUUUUGGCCUUCAAAUGACCUUGAAUUUGAUGUGAUGGAGGUCAACGGGUCUCGAGUUUGGAUCCAGCGAUCCUAAAAACAUUAGAAUACCCUAGUCAAGUCUGUUGAUCAAGAUUACAUAUUUUGUAUUUACAUACCCUGCCCAAAAAAUAAUUAAUAAAACCACCCCCUUCACCCUCCUUGAGGCGGAGGGAGGAUAAAAAUGUCGAAUAAGACUGAAGAUAGUACAUGGAGAGUUGAUAAUGUACUUUUUUUUAGCAAAUAAAUGUUUUACAGUGUAGAAUCUUUCCAUAAACGCUGUAUACAAGCGGUUAAGUUUUCAUUUUUUGAAGGGGGUGAAUAGAAGGGGGGGUUGUUUAGGAUGGAAUUGACUUCUUGUAUUCAGUAGACACUGUAGGAAUUUUUUUCGAAUUGUUUGGCUCAAAUAUAAUUUGCUUCAAAAACCGGCUUAAUCUUGGGCUCAUUUUGUACAGAAUCUCGAGAGCAUUCAACCUUGUAGAGAGAAAAAAUUUCAAAUCGGGCAUAACUGAAAUUGAGAAAACAUUAUCAGUCAGAAAAUAUCGUUAUGAAAACGGACGAUACGACAUUUUUUUUAUUUGAUAAAAUAUUUUUUGGCUCUCUUCAUUUAAAUACAUUUUCUCGAAAAGACAAAGUUCCUUGAGUCAUGAAAAUAUUCUAUCGCCCGUAUUCGUACAUAUAUUUUCUUGAUUCAAUGCUAACUUUUUCCAUGUAGAUAUGCGUGCAUUUUGCAUAGAUUAAUUAGAUCUUUUCUUUUUAUUAUUACUAGUGUUAGUAUUUUAAAUUAGGUUAAAAAAAUGUAAAAAAAACUUUUUUUGUUUCUUCUAUUUAUAUUAAUUUACUCGAUAUACUGUUCGAUGCAAAUUAUAAUGUAAAAUUUCAAGCAUC